AUUAUAGUAAAUUCGGCACCCAUCUGGCAACACUGCGUCAUCUCUUCGGGAGCAGACCUUAAACAUGGCGUAUAUCAACAUCGCAGAAUGGACGCCCAAACAUGUUGGAGAUUGGUUAAAAGGUCUUGAUGAUUCAAUUUUGCCAUAUGUUCACUUUUUUCUGAAUAAUGAUAUUGAUGGACAGCAUCUUUUAAUUCUUACUCCCGAUGACUUAACAAAUCUACAUAUUACAAAAGUAGGACACCAAGAACUUAUCCUUGAAGCAAUAAAUUUAUUGAGGUUAUUGCAUUAUAACUUGACAUCAGAAAACUUACAAUGCUUAGCAUUAAAGUUAGCAUGUAAAGCAAGAAGUUUAUACAAUGAAUUAAGAAGAAAUGGACCAAUAGAAGAUAAUGGAAAACAAGAAAGAGUAUCAACAUUAAUAUUAUCAUCUGUUUCUGAUAUAUUAUUAGCAGUAAAAUCAUUUAUAUCUUGGUUAGAUAGGUAUCCAUUUGAAGGAAAAGAACAAUAUAAUCCAAUUAGAAAAACAAUAUUAAAACUUAGUAUUGAAUUAGCUUCAACUGCUCAAAGAGAUCAAUUUGUUGAGAAGCCACAUACUUUAAUAAAGAAUAGUUGUCUUAACUUGGCUAAUCUAUGUGAUAAAGUAGUACAAGAAUUCAGUGAUUCUUUAAUUAUUCAGCCUGCAUCAUUAGAUGUUGCAACUGUUAAGAAAAAACCAGAAGAAGAAUUGGGAAUACAUUUACACUCUUCUUAUUCUGGUGUUCAUAUAGUUGGUGGUGUUAAAUUUCAGAGUCCAGCUGAUCGUUGUGGCAAAGUAGAUAUUGGGGAUGAAAUUGUCCAGGUUAAUUAUCAAACUGUAGUUGGUUGGCAACUGAAGAAAUUAGUUUAUGCAAUGAGAGAACAUCCAACAGAAGUUUAUUUGACACUUAAAAAAAGGCCAAGACAUACAAAUAUUUUAGGCCAGGUUAUAGUUUUAAGGCCAUAUCGAAUUCCAUCUAAAAAAUCUGCAUUUGGAAAAGUGCACAAAUGGUCAGAAGGAAAUUCAUCUCUACAUAUACAAGAAUAUUCAUCCAACUUAGAAGAACCAAAUACACAGGAUGUGCCAGAUGAUGAUGAUGAUUCAGCCUUUCUUCCUGAUUAUGUGACACCUAAUGAUGAAACAUCUAUUAGUGCUGUUCGUUAUCAUAUUUUUCCAGGAAGAUCUCGAGCAACAGUUCAAAGACGAGCAACUGUGAGUGGGGCUUCACCUACUGUAAAACGUCCUCCUGUAAGCAUUGAAGAGCUAGUAUUACCUGUUGGUUCAAAAUCCUGUAAGAAGGAAGUUAUUGGAAGAAGUAUCUCUCAUGAUCCUUCUAAGCAUAAAAUUUCUGAAAGUAGUUUAAAAUCUCAGAAAUUGGAAGUGAUUAAAUCUGAUGGGUCAGAAGAUUAUUGUGAUAAAGUAUCAAAUGGAGAAAAUGUGCACAAUGAAAAGGAUUUUGAUAAAAAUGAAAAUGAAAAUUUAAUUAGUAAAAGUAGUUCUGUGACAUCAGUGUCUUCAACAUUAAGUGAUGGAUUAAAAGUAUCUAAUAUCAUAAUUCCAUUACAUGAAGAAGAAUAUACUAUAUUAGAAAAUAAAAGCUUAAGAAAGUUAGGAACUGUUGAUAAAAUUUCAGUUAAAGAAGAUAAUCCUGAAAAGAAAUCACAGAAAACUGAAAAAUUGGAGUUAUCUAAUGAAUUGCAAAGUACAGAAGGAAAAAAGAAUCUUUUAACUGGCCCAUGGGAAGGUCAUGAUACUGUCUUUCAUGGAAGAAGACCAAGUAUUCAAGAAGUUGAAAAUGAAAUAGCUUCUUCUUCAACAGUGGAUCAGCCAAUUCUUACAAAGGUUGCCCCACUACUAAGUCCACUAUUACUAAAUGAGGAAGAGAAAGUGGAUGAUGAAGAUGAAGCUGCCAAUGUAAAUGGAAUGAAGAGCUACCAGGUGGUAAUAAUUGGAGGUGUUCCUCAAAAGUGCCAUUCACCAGGAAGAGAUAUUAAAAAAUUACAAUCCCCUCCACUGAAAAAAAGAUCACACGUAACUGGAAAAUUUUCAAAUAGACGUAUCUCUUGCAAAGAUUUAGGUAAAGGUGAUUGUCAGGGUUGGUUGUAUAAGCGAAAAAUGCACAAAAGCUUUCUAACUGGAGCACGCUGGACAAAGCGUUGGGUUGUUCUGAAAAAUCAUAAUCUGUUUUCCUAUCAUAAUAAAGAUGAUCCUAGAGCAGAAUCUCUCAUUUAUCUUCCUGGAUUCACUGUUUCACCAGCCACUGAAUGCAAAUCAAAAAAAUAUUCCUUUAAAUUACAUCAUCCAGGUACAACUUUUUAUUUUGCUACAGAUUCACAAGAAGAUAUGACUAAAUGGAUGAAUAAAAUGGGUUUAGCUGCAAUUUCUUAUGAUGCCACAUUGGAUGAAACAACAAGUGGUUUUACUAAAGUUGAAAGAAUUGGAGGAAUAGAAAAUGCUUAUUAUAGUGAAACUGAAGAUGAAAGUGAAGAUAGUAGUCCUCUUGGCUCUACUUAUUUAUGUAGCCAUGAAAUUUCACCUUGUUCUACAUUAUCAGGAAAUUCAAAGGCAAAUUAUUAUUAUGAGUAUUUGCAAGAUGAUAGUGUUCAUCAAUCAAUGAUGUCCCUACACAAUUAUUCAGUUAUAGAUGGCCAACAGCCAAAGCAUCGUCAUUCAAAGCAAACAAGAGGUUCUAUUAACAAACAAACUAAAUAUUCUAAUAUUUGUUUAAGUAAAUGUGAAGGUUUGCAGACAGAAAAGGAUGAUGAAUUAAAAUACAUCCAGACUUUUCGUUCAGGUUAUAUGAGAUCACUAAGUUGUACGGAUGCUUCAUCUCAUUAUAUUCAACGUCUUCAUAGUUCUGAAAAGCAUGCUCAACAUCCUUCAUCAGCAUUUCAGUUUCCUCGUAAAAUGAGUUAUCAGGAAGUAUCCAGUGGUACAUCAUUUGGAAAUGAAGAAAAAUAUGCAAGUUCAAAAGCUCAUCGUCUUUCUGGUCAGUGGUCUAAUUUAGAAGACAAAUUACAAGAUUUUUCUACGGGUUCUUUAGGAAGACAGAGAGUUAUGGUUAAAGAAAUAACUCCUGGACUUGUGGCAAGAAUGACGGGUUCAUAUAAUAAUCUAAGUCAAAACCAAAUACAAGCUGCAACAGCUGAAAGAAAAAAAUCUAAAGAACAUUCUGCUCCCAUUCCAGGUUAUGUAGCUAAAUUAUCUGGAUCUUUUGACCAAUUAGCUAAAUGUGGACAAAAAUUUCCAAAAAAUUCACUUGAGAAAAAUAAAGAAAUAAUUCCAGAAAAAAUCAAAGAGAAUAAUAUAAAAAAUAGUAGUUCUGAUCAAAACAGUAGUAAUGAAGAAACUAAAUCAGAAAAAUUUGUUAGUAUGUUAGAUAAAGAGUAUCAUAGGCUAUAUGGAAAGAAAAAGCCAUCUACUAUAUCUCUUCAACCUGGUUUCAACAAUGAUAAACAGCCAAGGAAACUUGUUAAAGAGCAGAAUGGUAGUAGCAGCAGCAGCAGUGGUGUUAAUACAAAUAAUAAUAAAUCUGUGAAGUCUUCAAUUCCUAUUUAUAACAAAUCAUCAUUUUCAAAACCAUUAAAUGAGCAUAAUUUAGAUAAUACUAAUAAACAAAAAAUUACAACUUUAGUUUAUGAUAAAGAUCCUACAUCACAUUCAUCACCAAAUGAAUCUUCUCAAAGUAUUCCUUUAAACAUGUAUACUAAAAAUAAAAGUGGUCCAGAAUAUUUUCAGUUUGAUCAAAUACCUUCAAGUCACAAUUCAAAAUUUUCUUCAGAUAAAUUAUCAUCACCUCAAAUUGCUGAAGUAAGCACAAAUAAUGGAUUACGACGAACAUCAAAAGAAAGUCUCUCAGAAGUUGGUGAUCAUCCUUCAUCUAAAUCAUCAUUUAAGUUUUUUGGUUCUCCUAAAUUCAUGAAAAAAUUUACUUCACCUAAACCUCAGAAAAAACAUUUCAAAAAUAAAUUUACUAAAUCAGAAGAACGAUUUGGAUCUCCUCUUUCCGAAAGAAAAUUUUUAGGCUCACCAAAACUUGCACGUGCAAUUUUUGGUUCUCCAAAAUGUGAACAGAAAACAGUCACAAUGUCAUCAGCUGCUGUGCAGACGGAAAAAACUUUUAAUUCAUCUUGUCAAACCGAUAAUCCUCCAAAACCACUAAGGACGCAAAAAAAUGAUGAGUCCCAUCAAGAAAUAGCUGACGAAUGUUUAAAAACUAGUAGUAAUAGUAGUCUUAACAGUAGUGCUUCUGGUAGUGCCAUCUCGUCUACCGGAAGUUCACAUUAUUACGUUGAAACAAGAAUUCGUCCACAAAUAACAAUCAGUUUACCUCUAGUGACAGAAAGCAACAAUGACGACAGACCACCUACUCCAGAAACUCCACGCACACCUAAACCCACUAUGGGGAUAGCAAUGAUUGGAAAAAGACGUACCCCCAGUAUCAGUAAUGAAGGAAUUAGAACAGGAAAGAGUAAUGAACAAAUAAAAGAUGAUAUCACACAGUAUGAAAGAAAUGAAAUCACUUUUGAUAUUAACAAAGAUCAAGGUAAAUGGUUUUAAUGAAUGCAUAAAUAUCAAUAUUUAUU